GGUCACCGCACGGCCCCCCCGGCACGGCCCCGGCACGGCCGCGGAGGGCGGAGGGGACGAGCGGGGAGCGCGGCGGGGGCGCAUGGAGAGAGCGGGCACGGCGGCGGGCUGGGUUUUUUUCUUCCACCUUCCUCUCAUCUCUGGAAGCUCCAUUGGUUUUGGAAUAGGCAGCAAUUAUUCCAAUCUCCCUCCCCUGAACCAGAGCACGGCAAGCAGCGAGCUGCCCGGCCCCGAAGAGGCGGGCGGUGACAGCAGCCUGCUGGUGUCCCCGCUGCUGGUGGCAGGGGUGGUGAUCGGGCUGGUGCUGUCCCUGUCCUGCGCCACCAUCGUGGUGGGCAGCCUGAGGAAGGACCCCCAGCCGCGGACAGAGCCUGGCUACGCUCCAGAUGGCUUCUCUCACGGUGGCUCUUCUGGAGAGCUGAGAUCCACCUGCAGCGAGGAGUUUCCCCAGGCUUGUGACUUUGGUUCCUAUCUGGAUAUACUUUCUCAGGUCAGCAUCAUGUAUCCUGACCCACCUCCACGCUAUGAUGAAUGUGUGGGGCCAGGAGCAACACAAAUAUAUAUUCCCACAGAUGAUCCCCCCCCAUAUUCUCUCAUGGACCCUUGUCAAGGGAAUGAAACAUCUAUAAAUAUCUAUAUUAGCCAGGAAGAGGAAGCAGCAUCUGGGACUACAGGACAGGCUGCAAAUUCUGCAGUCAGGCUGCAGGACUUUCAGCAGCCCAUUCCAUCAUCUCUGUCAUCUCUCACCCUGGAGGCUGUGCCCCUGUUCAGAUCAGUGGGGUGUGAACAGAAUAUCCUCAUCCCACGUGUCCCAGCAGAGGUACAGAGCAAUUCCUCCACCAUCAGACCCCAGAUCACAUGAAUAGAAGUGGCUCUUUCCUUCAGUACUUCUGAAGAACUCAGACCGACAAAAACAUUUAAAUGGAAGAACAAAACCUCUGGAAGUUUUACUUAUUUUAUAUCUUUCAACAGGGAUGCAACGGGGUUGUGUUUUUUACAGUGACUUUUUAAAGUUUCCCUAAACUUCCCUCUUUGUGCUUCAAAGUGUUCCAUGACCUCACACAGCAUGAAAGAGCAGCAGUGACAAGCAGAACACCCGACCUUCCUGAAGCACUUCAAAACACAUUGAAACCAGGCACUCCUGAUGGAGAUACAAGUUACUUUUGAUGUUAUGACACUUUGCAUGUUUUAGAGCAGAAGGAAAAAAAGAGCAUUUUCUUGUCAUUAGAGGUAUCACGAGCACAUUUUGUUCCAUUUUUUGGCAACAAAGCAUUUUUAAGUGAUUUUUUUGUCUAAGUACGUAUUUCAGUGUACAGAGAAAAGGCACUGCCUAAAAAUGGUGAUGAACAGUACCACAGAGAAGCAAAGGAAAAAAAGGAGAAUAAUACUUGGAUUGCCACAUUUUUCCCUUGGUGUCAGUCUUUCCAGACCAUUGCAAAGCCUGCUGUAAGUCUUCCUCAAAGAAACCAUCAGCAAGUGAUGGAGAAGUGGCAGUGGAUGCUCAAACACCAGUUGGCUUUACCUGCACCAGGCCUGGGAGCUUCAUGUCCUUCCUGGGGACUCGCUGUAGCCAAGGGAAGGGCACAGGAAUCCCAGAGGAUGCUUUAGGCCAAUUCCCACCCAGGAUGCAUUUUCAGGCACGACCCGGUCUCUUCUUUCAAUAAGGAGUGGCAGUUUUGCUACAGUGACCUCUGGGAACUGGUGAGUGUGAUGUAAAUAGCAGGUGCUGGAUUGGGCACAGGAACAGAGAACAUCACUGUGUGCACAAAUCUCAGAGCAGUACCCAGGUCUGAGAAAAGAAAGCAGGCAGACAAGCCCAGGGAGCAACAGCAGGACAUUUCCAUGAUGCUGUGAGGGUCCCCCCCAGCCCUGGCUGAAGGGGACACAGAGUGCCACAGAGGGCUCCCCAGGCAGGGUGUUUGGCCCUGGGGGGGCAGGGCACACACUGACAGCUGGUCCAUUGGCCACCUCUUGCUCCUUUUCCCCCCUGCAGACGAUGCCAAGCCCCAGGGCCCUGCAGCACCUUGCCCAGCUCCCUUGCUGCUGGGUACACCUCCAAAGGACAGCACACCCCAGAGAUCCUGUCUGUUCACCCUGAGGUGCAUCUGUGAGACAGGAACAUCUGCUUGCCCCUCUUCCUUUUCAUGGCCCAGCAAAACAAACUGCAAGACUGGACUGGAGGAGAGCCCUGAGAUCAAAGGGUGAGAGACAACAGCACACUUCCACCUGACUGCCUUAAAAUAGUUUGGAUCCCACUGUUCACUUCUGCCUGGAAUAGUCCCACUCCUCAUCUGGAAGUGAGUCUGGCUGAGGACAGACACAACCCGCAGAGAGAGCCAGGAGAACUCAGCCCUGUGCUUUCCUGGGGAGAGCACCCUUGGGAAAUUUCUUGGCUGUGAUGUUUUGAAACUGGUAAUUGCAAGAAAACCAAUCCCUCUUGUGUUUGCACUACACAUUUUUAAGUCAUUUUUAAAUUCUCUGUCUAGUGGAAAAGCCCUGGGUAUCUACAUCUUCAGUGAGCACCACUCAGCACAGUUAUCAGAGGCACAUCUCCACUAAAUCUUACCGGUGUUUUCACUGAAAUUUAAAAAAAAACACACCACUUCUAGAAAGGAAUUCAUUUACUAUUCCCAUUUACCAUUUUCACCAAAGGAUACAUAAAAUGGAGCAUAGUAAACCUAUAAUUGUGUUCAAAAGGAACCAUCAUCCAAAUAAUUAAAAUUGCACUUAGGUUUUCUGUAAAUAUGAAUGAUUUUCAACCGUAAUCAUCAUCCAACACUCCAAAGAUUGACACAAUUAUAAUUAAUACUUAGAUGGGAAGUAAUUACAUGGUUCUUACUGCUAUAUAAAUUAUACCAUUACUGAGUCAUAUGCACAUGAUGAGAUAAGGUAAGUAUGCAUUUUUUGUCAAGUAGACAACAGUAAAUACGUAUUUUCUAAAAUAACAGAAUUCUUUUGCAGUUCAGCAAGAGUUUCAAUAUCCUCAGUGCACUACACCCAAAAGAACAAAAAUCCACCAUUUUGCAUGGCAAAACUGCUGGCAGGCAUUGGCAGAAUUUCACAUUUGUAUUUUUUAACAGAGAGAACAAUUCCUCUGUAUAAAGUACUAUCUAAACAGUUUUGUGGCAAACAAAGUAUCCUGCAAUAAUCAUCACCUGUAAGGGGCCAGGGGUGAAAUGCUGCCAGUUUUACUGGCAGGACACUCAGCAGUGGAGGAAGGCACAGAGGUUGGUUUGUGCAGAGGAGGAGCUGCUUUCAGAGCUGUGCCUUCCUGCACCUCUGAAAACCUGCCUGGCACACGAACAGGCCGUGGCACCAGCCCUGCUCCCUGCAGGCUCAGACUGGGGAGCUGCAGGGGGAGCUCUGAUAACAGAAAUUAGAAGGUAAAUACAAUUUCUCUUGUCCUCCCAGUGAGCCUCUCACACAUAACGUGACAAACAUGAAGGUUCUUCUGAAGACAAGCACAGAGGGCUCUUCUCAUGUGGCAGACAAUGUGUCUGUGCAUGCUGGGGGAUCCUUUGGACCUAUUUGGCUUUUAAACUUUUUAACAAAGAUUUCAUGGCCUUCCACUAACUCUCUAUCUGUAAUUUACAUAACAAGCUGAUUUUAAGCAGACCUCUGAUGAAAAUGGGAGAUGGACAUUUUACUUCAUGGCAGCAAUGGAUUGGGAAGGUUGUAGAAAACUAAUCAAAGUCUUUCAUCUUUUAGUUGAUGUUGAAGCACCCCCAGCACUGCGAUGUGGGCCGUCAGUGGCAGCGUUUCCUACACUGUCUGCUCCCUCUGGUGGUGUGAACCACUCCAGAAAGUCUGGGCGUCCUGAUACCACAGAUUCACCAAAGCAAUCAGAAUAAUCCCAGAUUAAUCCCACUUCCAUACUGUAGCAUUUGCUGAGUUACCACUGAACACAGGGGUUUGUCAUUCAUUACAAACAAAUAUCUUUCGAAAACAAACUGUGAAUUAGAGGCAGAGUUUGCUGCCUUCAGUGAUACCUUACCAUGACCACCUGCAAGAGUGGCUUAGAAUUCUCUGUUCCUGUUGGUGUUUUUAACUGGGUGAUAUCCAACAAAGCUGUGGGGGAAAAAAAGCUUAUAAAUCCAACCAAAUACCUCUGCAGACAGACAGCACUAGAAAGAGAAGUUUUAGCUCUAAAACACUACAAAGAGAAGUUUGCAGCUCUAGAGCUGCUCCAACAGCCUCCAACACUACUACUACAAACAGUGUUGAGAUUUGUUGUAAUGAUGUAAUAAGGACAUGUUUUCAUUUCUUUAAGAAUAUUUAAGAUCUCAGAUAAAUCUCAGCAAAGUUGGCAGGGGCUCUCCUGAUGCUGCUCUUAGGAAAUUCCUAUCCUGCUAUCAGAUUUCGUCCUAAACUCUUGCAAAAUUCUAAUGCCAGUGCUAAAACCCAGGCUUAACACAGGCCUGUCACUUAUGACAUGACCAAUAAACUGUUUUGCCCACGCUGUUUCUUGCCAUGUGAUCACAAUACUGUAUUUCUGUAGUCGCCUCUUUUGCUCCUACUUUUAGUACUGAUCUUUACACAGGACUUUUAGUAAAGAACAUACACUCUUGGUA